AUGUUUGCAAAUGUAUUAAAAACUAAAAACCUAAAUACCUUAUUUGCUUUAAGUAUUCAGACCCUUUGCUAUGAGACAUGAAAUUGAGCUCAGGUGCAACCUGUUUCCAUUGAUCAUCCUUGAGAUGUUUCUACAACCUGUGGUAAAUUCAAUUGAUUGGACAUGAUUUAGAAAGGCACACACCUGUCUAUAUAAGGUCCCACAGUUGACAGUACAAGUCAGAGCAAAAACCAAGCCAUGAGGUCGAAGGAAUUGUCCGUAGAGCUCUGAGACAGGAUUGUGUCGAGGCACAGAUUUGGGGAAGGGUACCAAAACAUUUCUGCAGCAUAGAAGGUCUCCAAAAACACAGUGGGCUACAUCAUUCUUAAAUGGAAGACGUUUGGAACCACCAAGACUCUUCUUAGAGCUGCCCGCCAAGACAAACUGAGCAAUUAGGGGAGAAGGCCUUGGUCAGGGAGAUCGUCACUCUGACAGAGCUCCUGAGUUCCUAUGUGGAGAUGUCAAAAUCUUCCAGAAGGACAACCAUCUCUGCAGCAUUCCACCAAUCAGGCCUUUAUAAUAGAGUGGCCAGACGGAAGCCACUCCUCAGUAAAAUGCACCUGACAGGCCGCUUGGAGUUUGUCAAAAGGCACCUAAAGGACUCAGACCAUGAGAAACAAGAUUCUCUCGUCUGAUGAAACCAAGAUUGAUUUCUUUGGCCUGAAUGCCAAAUGCCACGUCUGGAGGAAACCUGACACCAUCCCUAUGGUGAAGCAUGGUGGUGGCAGCAUCAAGCUAUAGGGAUGUUUUUCAGCGGCAGGGACUGGGAGACUAGUCAGGAUCGAGGGAAAGAUGAAUGGAGCAAAGUACCGAGAGAUGCUUGAUGAAAACCUGCUCCAGAGCACUCAGGACCUCAGACUGGGGCAAAGGUUCACCUUCCAACAGGACAACGACCCUAAGCACACAGCCAAAACAACGCAUGAGUGGCUUUGGGACAAAUCUCUGAAUGUCCUUGAGUGGUUCAGCCAGAGGCUGGACUUGAACCCUAUCGAAUAUCUCUGGAGACACCUGAAAAUAGCUGUGCAGCGACGCUCCAAAUCCGACCUGACAGAGCUUGAGAGGAUCUGCAGAGAAGGAUGUGAAAAACUUCCCAAGUACAGGUGUGCCAAUCUUGUAGCCUCAUUCCCAAGAAGACUUGAGGAUGUACCCGCUGCCAAAGGUGCUUCAACAAAGUACUGAGUAAAGGGUCUGAAUUCUUAUGUAAAUUUAAUUUUUUAUUUUUUUGUUAAACAUUUGCAAAAUUUCCCAAAAACUGUUUAUGCUUCAUCAUUAUGGGGUAUUGUGUGCAGAUUAAUGAGGGGGAAAAAAUUAUUACAUCCGUAUUAGAAAUAGGCUGUCAUGUAACUAAAUGUGAAAAUAGUCAAGGGAUCCGAAUACUUCCCGAAUGGACUGUAUAUCAGAAAUGUUGGUAAAUUAGGUUUUAAUGUUUGAAAGAAGUUACGAAAAAGAUGAGUGUUUUCUUUCUAAUCACGGCAAGGAGUUGUUCGAUGACAUAUUUGUUUAAAAUCUAUCACUUGAUGGCUUAAUUUCAGAAAGACAAUCAUGUUUUUUUAGUUUUUUUUUGUUUUUUUAAAUUCUAUAUAUCCACCUCAUUAUCAGAGAAAUAAGUAGUACUGCCAGGCUUUCAAAUGUAACAAAUAACUCAAGUAGUUUUUUUUGUUGAAAAAAAAGUUUCGUUUCGUUUAAAUAAAAAAAAUACUUAAAUACUUUAAUAUGAGAUCUAUAUAUAAAACAUUUACAUUUGUCAUUUUAGUCAUUCAGCAGAUGCUGUUAUCCAGAGUGGCUUACAAGUCCUCUGGUGACCCAUAAGAGCUCGACAUCGCCAUGGGCAGUAGGCCCAGUAAAGAACGUCGGGGAUCCAGCACUCAGGCAGCCUUGCUGGGCCAGGAAGAGCCCGCUGAGUCCGUCAUACUGGAGAGCAGCAAGUAUAUGGUAGUGGCCCUGUAUAACUAUCCCACUGGUCCCCCAGCACACUGUCGCAUCCACGCUGGAGAGAGACUCGCCGUGCUUUCAGACGAGGGGGAGUGGUGGAAGGUGAGAUCCUCUGCCACAGGCAAUGAGAGCUACAUCCCCAGCAACUACACAGCCAAGGUGUACCACAGGUGGCAGUAUGAGGGUCUCAGCCGAGAGAAGGCUGAGGAGCUCCUCUUUCUGCCCUACAACCAGACUGGCUCUUUUCUGGUCCGGGAGAGUGAGACCCACCCUGGUGCCAACUCCCUGUCAGUGCGUAAGAGCAGUGACCAGGAUCGUCGCUCAGUCAAACACUACCGGAUCCAACAACUGGAGAAUGGCUGGCUCUACAUCUCCCCCUGCCUCACCUUCCCCAACCUCAGAGCUCUGGUAGACCACUACUCAGAGGUCCGUGAUGGGCUGUGCUGUCUGCUAGGGGAGCCCUGCUUCAUCCAGGGGUCCAACAACGUUCCUGUGGUUACUGGGCCACUCCCCAUGGCUGUCAGGAAGCCAACCCUCAACUGGAAAGAUAUGGACAGCUCCAUGAUUUUUGGCAAGGACAAAGGCAAGGACAAUGAGGAUUCCCUGGUGAGCGAGGGAUUAAAGGAGGCCAUCAAAUCCUACCGCUUCAUGACAGAGGACUGCAAAGGCUCCAGCCACAAAUGGGACAGCUGAGCAUGGAUCUGGCAUCAUAACGACAGAGAGAUACUCAGACUAAAACAGACCAUAAGAUGGAGAGCUUUGCAUCAAGCUACCCAUUAAAGCUGAGGCAAUCCUGAGGACCAGACAUUCUGGCCAUGAACCCAAUGGAUCUCAUUAAAGGGAUGUUGUUAGGGGAACUGGAAAUCACAACUCAACCACUGCAGAGAACCAUGGUUCUCAAAGCUAUGGUUGUAGAGUGCUCAACAUUACAUUGCCAAGCAGCUGAGGGCCAUCUUUGCUUGGAUUCAUGAACAGAAUAAAUGUUUAGAUCCUGGAGCCAGACUUUGCUAGACUUAACAGAUAGUCUGAAAGUGAGAUAUACAGCCUUAUGAACGUGAUCCUGUAUCAUCAAUAAACAGACUACAUGGUUGGUUUUGUUGAAGUACGCUACCUUGAAAACAAUUAAGGAACUGUGAGGUAUAAGAAUUAGUCUGUUUGAUUUAUGUGUUUCCUGUCCUGAACAUGAACACCUUUUAGCUGUUGCUUGUUCUCUUCUGCAGCACAGUCUUGACUUUGGCACAGGAAAUGGUCAAGGUGCAGUGGAAAGCACAAUGGUGUGGCAGAGACAGAAAGUUGAGGAUGUGGUGAAGAGCAUCUCAAAGUUAUGUCAAAUAUUAUGGUAUGAAACACAUGUUCUUGUGAGGUUUCAUCAACUGAAACAAUGUACUGUAGUGUGUGUGUAUAUAUAUAUAAUGUUAAUAUCAAGUUUCGUGAUGUUGUUGGGUGGGUGGAAAUGUAUUUUUUAUUUUGUUUAACUAUUCUACAUUAAAAUGUUGCAUUUAGUGAAAUAUGGGGAAAUUAUUUUGUUGAUAUGCUGGUUUUUCACAAAUCAGAGAAUGAAUAACCAAACGCAUAAACGCCGAAAUAACCAAAUACAUUUCACACAUGAAGUGGCAAGUAUUUGGCGUACCGUUAUUUACGACUUUAUCUUGUCUUGUAUCGCCACCUGCUGGGGGAAAAGCGUAGGUUGUCAAGUUGGCGGAGACGUCAGUGACACACACGCGCCAAGCCCAUUCAAUUUACUUCCCCGUUAACCGUUUAGUGUGUUGUUGUUGCUCUUGUUAAUAAUUUAAUCAGUGUAUUUAGCUGUUAUCCAAUACCCCGGUUCUUAAUGCUUAGGUUGCUGUGCACUAUUCGUUUUUGUGUAAUUCAUGUCUUUACAUAACUCAAAUCAAAUGUAUUUAUAUAGCCCUUCAUACAUCAGCUGAUAUCUCAAAGUGCUGUACAGAAACCCAGCCUAAAACCCCAAACAGCAAGCAAUGCAGGUGUAGAAGCACAUUUGAUCAACAAUGCAAAAGGACAACAGUUUUACAGAGCUGGAGAUGCCUUCGGGUGCCUUCAGAAAGUAUUCACGCUUGACUUUUACACACCGCUUGACUUUCCACAUUUGUUGUGUUACAGCCUGAAUUUAACAUUUAUUACAUUGAGAUUUUGUGUCACUGACCUACACACAAUACCCCAUAAUGUCAAGUGGAAAUAUGUUUUUAGACAUUUUUUUUUUUUUUACAAAUGAAUUACAUAUGACAAACUGAAAUGUCUUGAGACAAUAAGCAUUAAACCUCUUUGUUGUGGAAAGCCUAAAUAAGUAAAGGAGUAAAUAUUUUAUUAAAUCAAAUAAGGCCUUUAUCACACCUACAGUAUAUUUGCGCAAAAUUUGUGGAACAAAAAGUUCGAAAUUCACCUGCUACAAUUUCGUUCAAGCCAUCUAUGCAUACAAUUGGGUGCAUACGUUGGACGAUAAAAAGAAACGGAAUAGACCUAAGCAGAAGGAAUAGACCUAAGCAGAAGGAAUAGACCUAAGCAGAAGGAAUAGACCUAAGCAGAAGGAAUAGACCUAAGCAGAAGGAAUAGACCUAAGCAGAAGGAAUAGACCUAAGCAGAAGGAAUAGACCUACGCAGAAGGAAUAGACCUAAGCAGAAGGAAUAGACCUAAGCAGAAGGAAUAGACCUAAGCAGAAGGAAUAGACCUAAGCAGAAGGAAUAGACCUAAGCAGAAGGAAUAGACCUAAGCAGAAGGAAUAGACCUAAGCAUAGGCAAAAUCCUAAAGGAAAAUCUGGUCCAGUCUCCUUUCCAACAGACACUGGGAGACAAAUUCACCUUUCAGCAAAACAUUAACCUAAAACAUCAAAAAUACACGAGUUGCUUACCAAGACUGCAUUAAAUGUUCUUGAGUGGCUUAGUCACAGUUUUGACUUAAAUCAGCUUGUAAAUCUAUGGCAAAGCUUGAAAAUGGCUAUCUAGCAAUAGUCAACAACCAACUUGACAGAGCAUGAAGAAUUUUUUAAAGAAUAAUGUGCAAGUAUUGUACAAUCCAGGUGUUCAAAGCUCUUAAGAGACUUACCCAGAAAGACCCACAGCUGUCAUCGCCGCCAAAUGUGAUUCUAAAAUGUAUUGACUUAGGGUGUGAAUAAUUAUGUAAAUCAGAUAUUUCUGUAUUUCAUUUUUAAUAAAUGUGCAAACAUUUCUAUACACAUAAUUACACUUUGACAUUAUGGGGUAUUGUUUGUAGGCCAGUGACAAAAUCUAAAUUUGAUCCAUUUUAAAUUCAGGCUGUAACACAACAAAAUGUAGAAAAAGUCUAGAGGUGUGAAUGCUCUCUGAAGGCCCUGUAUAUUACUAAUCUACCUCUUUGUUUCCUCAUAUCUUUCAGAACAUGAAAGUUGUUAACCCCUUUCCAUCUUGCAUGGAUUUUUAUGUGCCUGAUGUUGGGCUUAAUUUUUCAGUGCCUCUGUUGUAAAAAAAAUGAUAAUGUGUGGGUGUGUACACACCAAUCAGCGUGCUGCAUUUGCCAUCAUGUUGUA